UUCGUCCUCGAGACAUCGACGUCAGACAUGCAUAAACUCAACCAGCUGUACACCAACUGCGCCCGGGAGGUACGGCCACUCAUAGCGCAUUGCAUGGCGCUGUCGUCGGAACAGGGCCUCGCUUCGGCCUUGAAGAUCUUGGACGAACGAUUCGGCGAUGAGAGAGUUUAUAUGCAUCAUGCGAGGGAGAGAUUGAUUAGAGGACCAACGAUUUCUGAGAACGACUAUCAGGCCCUCUCCCAAAUGUGUUCCCAACUGACGUCAUACAUCUCCUUUGCGGAAAACAUUGGUCAGCUUUCGGAUAUCGACAAUACACCCACUAUCAGAGACAUUCUCCUUCGGCUGGAUAGGGCGAUGCAGACCCGUUGGAAUUCUCGAUGGACAGGGAAGAGGGGCAGCCGGCCCCAACGGAUUACGGACGUUUUACACUUCAUGAAGAAGGAGACUAAGAGAGUUGAAAACAACCUCCUUUUGACGGAAAGACACGGCGCCGAGUUACGGAAACUAAGUGGGGGAGAGACUGACAACGGCAAGGAGGCCGCCGACAAGCAAGGGAAAGCCUCCGGGGCAAGACGGGAAGCCAAAGUGCCAGUCUUUGUAACACAAGGUAGUACCCGGGGGAGGAUGGAAGGAGGCAGGUUCGGCAACGACGGAUGUCGCUUAUGUGGUGACCUUCAUGCACUCUCCUCGUGUACGAUAUUCCGGCUGAUACCUGUCGAGCACCGUAAGAGGGUUGUGAGGGCGCAGGGUAAGUGCUUUCUGUGCCUUCGAGACUCUCAUCUGGUGAGGGAUUGCAGAGCACAGCUUUGUGAGAUAGAGAACUGUAGGGGCCGACAUUCCAAGUGGCUUCACGAAACCGCGGCGGGAGCUAGACCGCGAAGGGGAGGUGCGACACCAGGGCAACGCGUGUCGGCUGAGGUCUCCCGCGGGGCAAGCGGAAAUUGACUAGACCAGGGGGGCUACGUCGCUCACACCACGGCACCGACGACAGGAAACGUGUUACCUAUAGUGCCGGUGGUAUUGACUGCUGGGGUGACUGCAACGGGGUUGGAGACUUGUGCACUGCUGGACUCGGGUAGUACCCGCUCAUUC